GAAGGGACAGGAGAGAUGGGGAGUGGAGCCAGCGCUGAGGACAAAGAACUGGCCAAGAGGUCCAAGGAGCUGGAGAAGAAACUACAGGAGGAUGCUGACAAGGAGGCCAAAACCGUCAAACUGCUAUUGCUGGGUGCUGGCGAGUCAGGAAAGAGCACCAUCGUCAAACAGAUGAAGAUCAUUCACCAGGAUGGCUACUCACCAGAAGAAUGCCUGGAAUUCAAGGCUAUCAUCUAUGGGAAUGUGUUGCAGUCCAUCCUGGCUAUCAUCCGGGCUAUGUCCACACUGGGCAUCGACUAUGCUGAACCGAGCUGUGCGGAUCACGGGCGACAGCUCAACAACCUGGCCGACUCCAUCGAGGAGGGGACCAUGCCGCCUGAGCUGGUGGAGGUCAUCAAGAAGCUGUGGAAGGAUGGCGGGGUGCAGGCCUGCUUUGACAGGGCUGCAGAAUACCAGCUCAAUGAUUCGGCGUCUUACUAUCUGAACCAACUGGACCGGAUUACAAACCCCGACUAUCUCCCCAAUGAGCAAGAUGUGCUUCGUUCCAGAGUCAAAACCACAGGCAUCAUUGAGACCAAGUUCUCUGUCAAAGACCUGAAUUUCAGGAUGUUUGAUGUGGGCGGACAGAGAUCAGAGAGGAAGAAGUGGAUCCACUGCUUCGAGGGUGUCACCUGCAUCAUUUUCUGUGCAGCCCUCAGUGCCUACGAUAUGGUGCUGGUAGAAGAUGACGAAGUGAAUCGUAUGCAUGAGUCUUUGCACCUGUUCAACAGCAUAUGUAACCACAAGUUCUUUGCUGCUACUUCCAUUGUCCUCUUUCUCAACAAAAAGGACCUGUUUGAGGAAAAAAUCAAGAAGGUUCAUCUCAGUAUUUGUUUUCCAGAGUAUGAUGGAAACAACUCCUAUGAGGAUGCAGGGAAUUAUAUCAAGAGCCAGUUCCUUGACCUCAAUAUGAGAAAAGAUGUCAAAGAAAUCUACAGUCACAUGACCUGUGCUACAGAUACUCAGAAUGUCAAAUUCGUGUUCGAUGCAGUCACAGAUAUUAUCAUCAAAGAAAACCUCAAGGACUGUGGCCUCUUCUAA